AUGCAUCAGUACAUUCGAAUAUCUGACCCAUGUAAAGAACGUUGGAAAACCACCUUUCGUGUUACCGAAGGAAGUCGUUUCCGAAAGGAUCUUGUGAGCGCUGAAACUUCUGAAGCUUUCUGGAAUCUGUCUUCGGAGACUACUACUGCAAGUGAUGUCAAGACCCUGGCUGAUGAGUGCGAGGAACCUUCAACGGUCGAUUUGAGUAAAAGGGUUCAUUACUUCGACUCUCCAUUACUCACUUGA